AUGUCCCAAGAAUACAAACUAAAAGACAUCUCCUCCUUCGCAUCCCUCAAACCUCUGGACAAAAUCGAGGCUGAAGUCGAAGGCAUUGUGGAUGGUAAGGUUCUCCUUGUCAAGCUGGACGAUAAAGUCCAUGCCCUCAAUACGCGGUGCACGCAUUACGGAGCACCGUUGAAGAAUGGCGUUGUUACCGAAGAUGGAAGACUUACAUGUCCCUGGCAUGGAGCCUGCUACAACGUCCCAACUGGCGAUGUUGAGGACGCCCCAGCCCCGAACGCGUUGAACAAAUUCAUAAUCUUCGAGAAAGAAGGCGGCGUGUACAUCGUUGCGAAAGAAGAAGAUAUCAAGGCAGGACAACGCAAUCCAGUUGUGAAAUGCAGUGUCUCAGAGCCGGAUGAGAAGCUUGUUAUUGUUGGAGGAGGAAGCGGAACUCUUGGCCUUAUUCAAGCCAUCCGCGAGCUCAAGUACCCGGGGGCAAUUGCAAUCAUUUCCCAAGAGCCCGAUCUAAUCAUAGAUCGAACCAAGCUAUCCAAAGCCCUAAUCACAGACCCAGCCAAGAUCCAAUGGCGGCCACGAGAGUGGUACGCCGAAGCUGCCAUAGAAACCAUCACAGAUGAAGUGACAGCCGUGGACUUUGAACAGAAAUCCAUCUCCACCAAAUCCGGCCGCAACGUCCCUUACACCAAACUAGUUCUAGCAACAGGCGGCCUCCCACGCAGACUCCCGCUACAAGGCUUCAACGGCGAACUAAAAAACGUCUUCACCCUGCGCACAAUCCAUAACGUGCAGUCAAUCCUCACAGCCGCCGGCCAAGACAGAAAAGACAUCGUGGUAAUCGGCAGCUCCUUCAUCGGCCUGGAAGUCGGCAACGCGCUCUCGAAAUCCCACAACGUGACAAUAGUAGGCAUGGAAUCAUCCCCGAUGGAGCUUGUAAUGGGCACUCAAGUGGGCCGCAUUUUCCAAACAAACCUAGAGAAAGCCGGCCUCAAAUUCAACCUCUCAGCAAAGGUUAGCCACGCAUCAGCCUCCUCGUCAGAUGCGCACACAGUUGGGGCGGUCCACCUGAAAGACGGAACAACCCUCCCAGCAGAUCUCGUCAUCCUCGGCGUGGGCGUCCGCCCAGCAACAGACUUCCUCCGCGACAACAAAUCCAUAGCCCUCGAAAAAGACGGCUCAAUUAGAACAACCUCCCACUUCCUCGUGCCAGGCUUGCAAGACUCCGUCUUUGCCAUCGGUGAUAUAGCAACAUAUCCCUACUUCGGCCCUGGCGCUGACGCUGCCGGCUCGCCAGUCCGCAUUGAGCACUGGAACGUCGCGCAGAAUUCGGGACGUGCGGCUGCGCGCGCGAUCGUGCAUGCGCGGCAUUCUCCGCUGUCGUCCCUGAAACCUAAGACGUUUAUUCCUGUGUUUUGGUCGGCGCUUGGGGCGCAGUUGAGAUACUGUGGGAAUCCGGUCAACGGGUUUGAUGAUGUUGUGUUGCAGGAGAAGGGGGAGGCAAAAUUCGUUGCAUUUUAUACGGCCGGGGAGACCGUUGUGGCCGUUGCUAGUAUGGGGAUGGAUCCGAUUAUGUCUAAGUCUGCGGAGUUGAUGAAGGCUGGAAAGAUGCCGGGGAAGAAGGAUAUUGUUGGUGGUGCGGAUGUUUUGGCUGUUAAGCUCUAG